GUAUAUUACGGGAGUUUGAGAACGCAAUGGAGGCGUGUUUGAGAGUCUCUAGGCGUGGCGUGCGGACUUCCGUCUUCCUCCACAGACCUCAAAUAAAAUGACGGCAACAUUGCGACCCUACCUGAAUGCAGUGCGCGCCACUCUUCAAGCAGCCCUGUGUCUGGAGAACUUCUCCUCUCAGGUGGUGGAGCGACACAACAAGCCUGAGGUAGAAGUUAGGAGCAGCAAAGAGCUUCUGUUGCAGCCGGUGGUCAUAAGCCGCAAUGACAAAGAAAAGGUCCUGAUUGAGGGGUCUAUAAACUCAGUGAGAGUCAGCAUUGCUGUCAAACAGGCCGAUGAGAUUGAGAAGAUCCUGUGCCAUAAAUUUAUGAGGUUCAUGAUGAUGCGAGCUGAGAACUUCUUCAUCCUGCGGAGGAAACCUGUUGAGGGCUAUGACAUCAGCUUCCUCAUCACCAACUUCCACACAGAGCAGAUGUAUAAACACAAGCUGGUGGACUUUGUCAUCCAUUUCAUGGAGGAGAUCGACAAGGAGAUCAGCGAGAUGAAGCUGUCAGUCAACGCUCGGGCCCGAAUUGUCGCAGAGGAAUUCCUCAAGAAUUUCUGAGGAUGCUUGUCUACAUUCCUAAUACCCAUCAGAGAUUGGUGUUGCUUUGGUUCUUGCGGACAAAAACAUUCAAAGGUUUUAAAUUCUCCACAGAGCAAAGGGGAAAUAGUUUAUUAGUUAGCAACCAAGCAAGAAGAUCUACAGGAACAACUGGCCAGUCCUGCAGCACUAUAUGCAGUCCCCUUUGCCUUCUGUUCAAGGUGCUCCUUGUGCCCAUGGAUAUUAACAAUUGUACAUUUAGUCAAGAAUUUAUAACUCUCAUUUUCGUUUGUUAGGAAAAAAAGAAAACACAUGGUCAAGGCAGGUCCUUAAAAGUAUUACCUGUAAUAUUAAUAUUGAUGGGCACAGGAAUCUUGUUGUUGGACUGUAGUUUUUUUUUUUUUUUUUUUUUUUUUUUUUUUUUUUCUUCUGUUGUCUUUUAUAUACAUGUACUCAUGUGCUUAAUUUUUGUUAUAAAGAAAAUCAAUUCAAUGUUAAAGAGAUCACGAGAGGGAAAAAAAAUAAUAAAAAAAUAUUGGCAGAGCUAAACUCCAAUAAGAUAACUAUACAAAAAAAUUGUGUAAAACACAAUACCAGAAUUUCAAUAAAAACAUAUAUUGUGCUUUCUGUA